AUGUUCCCUGGCGUUCGAGUGAUCGACAAAUUAGGUCUCCGAAGUGUAACGAGCGUGUGCAUUCUGCUCUGCAUCAUAGUCGUCACGAGUCUGCCCACACUCGCCCGCCGUGGCUACAGACCCUAUCUGCCAUGCUUCUCCAUCGGCAUUUUCCUCGGAGUCAGCGAUCUCGGAACCAAUAUGGUUGCAAGUGACGCACACGACAAGGACUGCACAGUCGUCCACCUCAUUUGGACCGCAGGAGCUAUCCUCGCAUGCGUCACCGAAUGCCUUCUUAACGCCCUAGGAUACACGUACCAGAAAGCCUACCCAAUCACCACUGCUAUUGUAGGAACAAUCACUUUCCUCAGUUGCCAGAUCGUGGACAUCAAGAAAGAAGUAGAGGAAAUUCCCGGACAGGAAUCCACUUGCGUCGAAACACCUUGCUACUUCCCCAUUGCCUCCGCUUACGCCUCAGCCCACAUGGCCAAAGACUACAUACCCAACACCAGUCAACGCUUCACCAGUCAACGACUCACCAGUCAACGCUUCACCAGUCAGACAAAAAUCAAUCACGAUUGCCAUGAUCUUUGUCAGGCAAAGGCUUGCAAAACAAGUCAUAAACAACGCAAGACUUCCUCCUACAGACGACGGGAAUCCUCUUCAUCCGACCCUCCCCUGCUGGAACACCCAUCCGGGUCGGGACAGCAGAACAAGUGUGCGGGACGUGCGGAAUCUAUCUAUCAAAAAAGAGCCGUCGUUAUGAAAGGCUUGCCGGGGGGAGAAGAGGGCUCUUUCGCUAGAUCCAGCUGUGGCCAGGUGAAUGUCGGAGAUGUUAGGACUAGUAUGGGUCGUGGACAAGAAUUUGGUCGUGGACAAGAAUUUGGUCGUGGACAAGAAUUUGGUCGUGGACAAGAAUUUGGUCGUGGACAAGAUUUUGGUCGUGGACAAGAUUUUGGUCGUGGACAAGAUUUUGGUCGUGGACAAGAUUUUGGUCGUGGACAAGAUUUUGGUGGAGGACGAGGACGACUGGGUGUCAUUCGGCCGUAUUUGAUGACGUAUUCGACUGCGCAGAAUCAAGAGCUUACCAAGGGCAUACAUCGAAAAGGGGUGCAGCAAGAUAUUUGCAAGAGUCAAGAUAAGCGGAAGGGCGCUUUGCGAGGAUCUAAAGGAUUCAUCGAUCUACGGUCGCUCACGGAUGAUUGCGGGAUGCCCCGAAAUGGCAAGGUGAGGGAUCGAAGGUAUACGGAACAAAGGGCAGAUGUAAGGAGCCGGUCUCGUGGACAUUCUCGGAAACAAAAAUUUUCGCACGACCGCUCGAGUUCAGCCCUCUCUUCUCCGGCCUGGAAACCUGCAGCAUGGAAACCUGAAUCCGGUGACCGGCGAGCACCAUCUACGCAGGACCGUAUCACGCGCGAGCGAGUUACGCGAGAACGAGUUACCGGGGAGCGAAUUAUCCGCGAACGAGUUACUCGUGAGCGAAUAACAGGGGAACGGAUUUCGAGCGAGCGAAUAACAGGUGAACGAAUGUCGAGCGCCCCUCCGCGGAGAAGUGAUUUCCGUUUGUCUGAUCCGUAUUCCUUAGGCGACGUCCACAGUGGGACUUUGUAUAGGGAUAAGAAAGGGCUUCGUACCGUGAGAACAAGGAUGAAGGGACAGUACGAUGUCAUACCUCCCAGGGAGAGAACUUCCUGGGAGAAAGCUCAUAGUAUGGAGAGAACUUCCAGGGAGGGACUUGAAGAAUUUGUUGCGAUUGGAGUGGAAACCCGUUUGGGUUCGCCUGUGCAUCCAUUGGUGUCUAUUAAUAUUCGCCGAAUCAAGUCAAUUUUGGGUAGUCGGUGGAGUACAAAGCGGUGGAGUACAAAGCGGUGGAGUACAAAGCGUAGUGGAAAGAAGAGUAGCACACGAGUGCGGUUGAAAUUGAAGAAGGAAAGUCGACACCAUCAGUUCCAUGCAAGUGUGGAGCUUCUGGACAAGCAGUUGGUUCUAUUUUCGUUGUUAGGUUUCUUCUGUUUGAUGGCGGAAGCUUACAUGGACGACUGGUCGACUAGUUACUUGGUGCGUCAGGUACCGAGGACUACAAUGUUGGGUUUGAGUCCGUUGGCGUACGGGGCUUACGUAUUGGCGGUGAUUCCGAGUCGGCAGUGCACGUCGUACUUUGCACAGAAGCUGGGUCCGGGCCUGUUGCUGGUGCUGACUAACUUGGUGAGUCUGUCUGGUUACUUGAUAAUGGCUCGGUUUCCAGGCAACACGGGGUUGGUGCUUGCAGGAUGUGCCGUGGCAGGCAUGGGCUCGGCUAGUAACACACCCGUCAUACAGUCGCUAACCAGACGCAUCGGCCAUGACGCACUCGGGCUACAGGGCCUCAUGUCCAGCCUGUCGCUACUCGUCUCGCCACUCCUCAUAGGCUACGUCUCACACAAGACAAAUCUCCGCUACGCACUGGCCGUUCCCACCGUGGCCUCUCUGCUAGUCGUCCUGGGCGGCUGCGUCCUCAUCGGCGGCAGUUGGCUAUCCGACCGCAGCUUCCUCGGCAGACCCUUCCUCAGUAACAGCCUGCUUACCAACAGUGUAUGCACCGACAACCUGCUUACGGACUGCCUUCUUCCCGAACGCGUCGGACGACACCGUUAUCUUCCCGAUGAAGGGCGUGAGGACCAAGGGCGUGGGGACCAACGCAGUGGGGACCAACGCAGUGGGGACGAAGACAGCGGCGAUGAUGGCAGUUGUGACGACGAAGAGCAGACGGCACCCGGGAGUGGUACUCGACGAAUCGGAGAGGAGAGCGAAGAAGACAGCGACGAACAGAGUGGAGAAGAGAGCCAGGAAGAGGUCGAGAAAGAGGGGGCUGGUCCACAGUACAGUCAAGGCGCCUCGUAG